AUGUGUUUCGGACAAUAUGUUCGAUUCCGAUGGGGGGCGACGACGACUCCACCGCAACUAUGCAGGCAAUUCAGUCAUCAGUCUCUUCUCCACCUAGUCCACGAUGAAGCACGGACCUCCGCCACCGGAUUCAAUGGACGCUUCAAGAAGGAGUGCACGGACCUUUCCAGAAUAGUCGCCUUGUUGUCGCAUUUUGGGGAAGAAAUUUGGGAUUUUCAAGCUGAUAGUGGGCCCUUGCAUUUGGCGUGUUUUUCGUCAUCGUUUUUGUCUUCCAUAUCUCAACUAACGGCAGCUCUUACAGCUGCUAAAAUGUUGCUUCAGUCUGCAGGAACCAUCGAUCACGAUACUUUCCCUACUUAUGAGAGAUCAUGCAUAGAAAGAUGGAUCAAUCGUGGGAAUACAACAUGCCCAAAAACUUAAAAACCUGGAUCUUACUCCAAACUGUGAGUUGAGAAGUUUGAUAGCUCAGUGGUGUAAAGAUCAUGAUGUUGAAAAACCAAGGACUAAGGGCAUGCGACAUUAUCAUCAUGUGC